AUGUCAAUUCAGAGCUCGGGCUACACCCCACAGGCAUGGGCGUUAAUGACAGAAUGCAUCGCUCCUACAUCUCAACGGUGGAAAUCCCUGUCUCUCUGUGUCUCUAGUCCUGAAAGCAUCCGUGGCCUUUUGAACAUCUCGGGACACCUCCCAAUGCUAGAAAGCUUGUAUUUUGCCAUGUACAACCAUCAUCCACAAGAUUACUUUGAUACCGCGCUUUCCCGUAUUUUCCGUUCCGUUCCUUUACUACGCUCCGUUACAAUAGCUGGCGACUUCUUUGCCGAAUUAUCGCUUCCUCUUCAUCAACUCACGAGCAUCAAUUUCGACUCUGGGCUAGGCCAGACGUCUGACAAAUCCCUUUUCUAUGGUUGUAUUGUGCAAGGGACGGAACUGAAAUCGUUCACCUUCCAUAGCAUGUCUGACGGUUGUUCGGACAUGCGGAAAUUUUCGGCACCAUUACCGGAAAUAACCCAUUUAAAUAUCCGACAGCUUUCACCGGGAUACGAUAUUCCCACAGGUCUGAAGUAUUGUACUUUUCCAGCACUGGAGGACCUGACUCUUUUUGAUUGUCUUAAACAACAGUCUUCACAACUCAGAGAUAUUGUACAUGAACUUGGAAUGAUCUCCGAAUUGUUGAAGCGCUCCAAACCCCGUCUUCGAUCCUUCGCCGUGUACAGGCCUCUUCCUUUACCGGUUCUUAACGACAUCGCCAUGAGGAUGUUUACGUCCCUCACAGAUCUCGUCAUUGCCGUAAACGAGAAAACAUCAACUGAAAUAGUGCAAAGAUUGGCAGAACCUUCGUUCGCCCCAUGUCUUCAGCGAUUGUCCCUGCAUAUCUGCUUUCCAGUAAGAUAUUUAUUUGAAGACGAUUACCUGCACCCUAUGGCUAUAUCCCGACACAAAUGUGGGCUGAAAUCGCUGGUCUUGUCUAUUCCAGACUCCAACGCUUUAAGGUCCUAUCGCCUUCCGGUUAAUUCUGACUGGAAGGAGCAUUUGUUGCAAGUAUAUAAACUGAAGGAAGCUGGAUUGGGAGUGACCUUCUUCUCGUUGAAUAAAACAGACUUUUUUAAUGAUGAAGUUGCAUUUAAUGGGCUUGCAAAUUGGCUUGAUCGUUGA